UGACUUCCGCUUCAGAGCCGAGCGAGAGGCGUCAUCACCAUCAUUCAGGACCCGUCACUUCGUUCAGGUUCAGAUCAGACACUGUCAGCGGGAUUAAUAACACACAGACGCGGUUCUUCCAAACAGGAAUCGACAAAAGAGAGAUCUCUGAGAGGGAGCCAGAGAGGGAGGAGCAGCUCGACCCCAGCAUGCCCCCCAAAUUCAAACGGCAUCUGAACGAUGAAGAGGUUACAGGGUCUAUUCGCAGUGAGCGGAGGAACCUACUGGAGGAAGACUCAGAUGAAGAGGAGGACUUUUUCCUAAGAGGACCUUCAGGACCAAGAUUUGGAGGCCAAAAUGACAAAAUUAGACAUGUGCAGUCUCAAGUUGAUGAGGUCAUUGACGUCAUGCAGGAGAACAUCUCCAAAGUGAUAGAACGUGGGGAACGUCUGGAUGAGUUGCAGGAUAAAUCUGAAAGCCUAUCGGACAAUGCGUCAGCGUUCAGCAGUAGAGCCAAGCAUCUCCACAGAAGGAUGUGGUGGAGAGACAUGAAGAUGAAAAUGAUUGUAGCGUUGGUAGUGGUCAUCCUUCUCCUUAUCAUAAUCAUUCCUGUGAUCUUGCAGUAUCGCUAGUGUCUGGCAGGGAGGUUAGAGGCAUAAUGUACUCUUCCUCCUUCCUCUCCCUCAUCUUUCUGCUGUCAUUCCUCCGUACCAGAGGGGGCGCUGCACAGGGUUGGGCUGCCCACUGUUUUUGCCUAUUUUGGCAGGGUCUGGAAACAAAACAAACAGGGGCAGAGUUUAUUUUGUGCGUGUACGACAACACAACAUAUCAAGCUCUCACAACGAAGGCACAACACCGGUGCAGACCAAUCUCUUGUAUGCGCACAAACACAAUGGUUAUUUUGUUGUAUAUGCAUUCAGUAAGACUUAAGACAAAUAAAAAAUGUACUAUACACAGAGAAAAUUUUAGCCCUGCAUUCUGGUGGUAUUUCGAUGUCCUCUCUACUGUAUAGUUAGUUUUACGCUAGAGCCGUUCUGCUUACACCAUGAUGCGCACGUACAUUUAACAAUUACAGGGUCCAUUUCCCAUAUAUGUAGGUCUAUGAAAUACUGUCUUCUCAUGUGGGCGGGGCCAAAUAGGAAACCUGAUGAUGUCACGCUGCACCAUGGCUGUGAUCUCAUCAUCUGUCUGUAUAACUUCUGGAAGUUUUAACAUGGACAAAACAUUGGCUAUAAUUCAAGUUAGUCUGAAAAUCAACAAUGUUACAUAAUAUUUGCUGCUAUUACCUGCUGUUUUUUUAUUUAUUUGUUUACUUUCACAUUGGGCAGCAAUGUUUUAGUUGAUCGUGGUUAAUUGUAUUGAGUUGGUAUUAUUUUAUUUUAAGCUUAGUUAUCUUCACUGGUGUAAUUUGAACAGCUUGUUAAUGGUCGGUAAUGUAAUAGUGUGUGAUAAUGAUUUGGUUGACUAUUGCUGAAGAUUACCUGAACUCAACUGUAAACUUUAAUCCAUAUCAUUUUACUGACUUGUUUUUUUUUUCUUUGUUAUAUUUAUUUGUAAAUAUCUAUGACCAAUGUAAGUCAGCAUUGACUUCCCAUUGGGAGAAUGUGAAAUAAUCUUGCAUUUCAAUAAAGUGAUUUUAAAGGGCA